AAGAAAAAUAUCUGAGCGAGUAGUGUAGAAGAAGAGGCGAAAAACUUGUUCUUCCUCCACCAUUCGUCAAAAUGCAUGCGUCAGCAAAUCUUCUCCUCCACACCCCUUCCUCAAUCAUCCCACCCAAAACGACGACGUUUUCCGCCAGCAGCAACAUCAUCAGCCAAUCUCCGCCGCCGGCGAAGCCAACAAUCGUUAGAAGAGGCAAAUUAUCAGUAUGCAGAGCUUCGUGGUCGUCGCAGCAGUACUCUCCCAUGGCGGAAUUCAACCUGUACGAACUUCUCGGCAUCGACGCUUCCUCCGACAAGGCGCAGAUCAAAGAGGCGUACAGGUCGCUGCAGAAGCGGUGCCACCCCGACAUCGCCGGACCCUCCGGCCACGAUAUGGCGAUCGUUCUCAACGAGGCGUACGCUCUUCUCUCUGACCCCACUUCCCGCUUGGCUUAUGAUAAGGAGCUAGCGAAAAUCACGGAUAUGCAAGGAUACACAGGCAAGCCAAUAUAUUCAUCGUGGUUCGGAUCGGAGAGUGAGGAAAGGGCUGUCUUUGUAGAUGAAGUCAAGUGUAUAGGCUGCUUAAAAUGCGCCUUAUUGGCCGAAAACACAUUUGCAGUCGAAUCGGUAUACGGUAGAGCACGAGUUGUAUCUCAAUGGGCUGAUUCCGAAAACAAAAUUCAAGAAGCCAUCGGUGCAUGUCCGGUCGAUUGCAUCUCGAUUGUGGAGCGGUCCAAUUUGGCUGCCCUUGAGUUUGUAAUGUCUAAGCAGCCACGAGGGAAAGUCAGAAUCGGUGCGAGCAAUACAGCUGGCGAACGGACAUUGGAUAUUUUCGACGAGGUCGAGAAAUUCCAGGCUAGAUAUGAUAAGCACAAAGCUUCUACAAAAUUUUCAAAGGAAUCGGACGAUUACAGAGCAUCGAAACUCUCGGCUAUUCAAGCGAUUCAAAUGAUAUCAAAUUGGUUAUAUUGGCAAUCUCCGAUCGCAAAUGCUAAUUCUCCAGCUACGCAAAGCUCGCAACCAAGAAAACAGUUUGGUCCGAAUAUCAAGAAGCUAAAAGCUGCAGCUGAAGCUAGAAAACAAGCACCUACUACUAAAGUACUGCCCAAAGAAUCGGACGAAUACUGGACGCCCUUAGCUGUGGUUCCACCGGAGGCUACCACACCAGAUUCUAGCCCCAAAGACUCGAUUAGUUAUUCCAGGAAAAGGGUCCGUAAUAAUAAUAAUAAUAAUAAUAAUAAUGAUGAAUUACUGAUCAGGCGGAAGGUGGAUUCGAACAGCCCUUUCCGGUGGGGUGUGCCGAUCGGGACAGCACUUGUGGCUGUGAUAGUUGUUCGGUCACAGCUGGGUGAGCAUGUGGCUGAUGUAAAAGACCACGCUGGCGGUUCCCUUUUGCUGACGAUUGUUAAUAGUUCGUGGCUGCAGUGUGUUUUAGCGGGUGUUACGUGGUACAUCAUUGGUAUUUUCGUGGUGGAAUUAGUUGAAACACUUAGAAGAAAAUGAAGGGAUUUAUAGUAAAUAAUAUAUAUACAUACUCAAAGAAAAUUAUCUAUUAUUCAUGUGUACCUAUUUUUUUUUAGCAUAAAUGUAUGUAAAUAAAGUACAAUGUUUUGUAACCAUCACAAUUACCUUUCAUUGGACUUCUUUUACUUUUUUU